AUGGCGGACGUCAAGGAUCGGCUGAAUGAGGUGCCUAGCCGGGACGGUUCCUCGAAGACUUGGCGCCGCUAUUGCAAAGAAUUGCCUGAGAUCACCACCUCCGAGACAGACAAAGGUGAACGCUAUUACAACCCUUGGCAUCGAGAUCAACGCUGGCGUGAUUGGGAGGAAACCCCUUUUGAAGAGCAGGUUGAACAAGCAGUUGAUGCCCCAGAGGGUUAUACAGCAGUUCCCCAAACAUCCGAUGCAGGUGAGGAAGCAGCUCCUCACUCACCGGCGGGGUCGCCGAACCGGACUCGUCAAACACAAAGGAGCCCUUCCCGCAAGACAGAGCAACAGAGGAUGAUUGAUGGUUUGGGUCCUAUGGAUUCCUUUAUAUUAGAUGUUUUGCGUGGCUGGAGACUACUUGUUGCAGCAAGCCUUACAAAUGAUGAAUGGAGAGACAUCCUAGCUAGCACUGGCAACAAGCUCGACUAUCCAGCCAUCGCUGAGGCUCUUCAGACCCUAUGGGAUGAACAGCUCAAUCAUCAUCAUGGAGCAUCCAAAGGUACAGUGUUGCAACAACAUUGGGUUGAGACCGCGGAUCCUUGGUACAAUGCUGCGUGGCACGAGUCCUCGUGGGACACUGAGGAUUGGCAUGAGUCGGAUUGGCACUCCAUGGACCAAUUUGGUGCGUGGCCUCAAGCUGUCAACGACCCAGUGGAUAACACUGCAACCACUGAUGAUGACCCUGAACUCCAAGAAGCUUUGGAGGCUGAGAAGGCCGCAGAGGCCUUGGCAGUUGAAGCUCGUCGAACCUGGUCGCAAGCUCAGCAGGCUACAACAGCCCUUCGACGUGACCGUGGUUUUGGACAGUUUGCUGGAACCUCAUCCUCCAAAGGUGGCAAGGGACCCAUCCGCUGUCACAUUUGUUCAGGUCCUCAUUUUGCUCGUUAUUGCCCUGACCGUCAACACCCACAGUACCGCAAGGGUGGUGGAAAGCAGUUGAGUCCAGCUGAGCUGGACGCCUACCUCUUCAAGGGCAAGGGGAAAGGCAUGCGAAAAGGGAAGGAUCAAAUGAUGUCCUCAUGGGACGAUUCCUACAUGGCGCCUUGGGAUGUGAUGUACACCCAGAAGGGCAAGAACAAGAAUGCUGGUAAGGGCGGAAAGCUUCGUUCCACUGUCAAUGUCUAUGGCAUGGACUAUGGUGGGAUGGAUUUUAGCAUGAUGGAGCUCCACACGCUUGAGUUCCAUGAGACGAUGGAAGCAGAGAUUGCGGCCUGUCGGACAUCACUUGGUGCCUUGCAGUGGUUGGCGGUCCAGUCACAACCGCUGAUCACUGCUCGCUGCAAUUUGCUCAUUACUGAGCUUUCCACGGAUCCCAAGAUCCAGAUUGCCCAGGAGCUACAAGAGAUGAUUCGGGAGCUGCGCAAAGAAGGAUCAACAUUGAAGUUUUUCAAGUUGCCUGGCGUCCGUCGUUGGACGGAUUUGUGUGUGGUUGGCCUGGGGGACCAGGUGAGCCUGACCUUCUUUUUGCGCCACCGCACUUGGCAGCUCAAGUUCGAUCCGAACUUCAUCGUUUCGGCCAAGAAGCAGCCCUUCCCCAGCAUCCUCCACCUGUCCUUUGUCACUCUCGUGAUGGCGGACGCGCUGCAGGUCUUCCUGGGCGAGCUCCAAAGGACGUCCGAACGAGCGCACGAGCGGUCGACGCGGCGGCGUGGCGCAGAAGACGCGGCGGGUCGGAAGCUCUCCGACGAAGUGUCAGAGGCACAGCAUUGGCAGCAGCAGAGGCAUGAGUGGUGCCAAAGCACCUUGAGCCUUCUGGCGCAGGAGGGCCAACGUGGCGAAGGUGUGGUGGAAGAGUUGCGCCAGUCCCUCGCCAAGUGGGACGAUGGCCGGAGCAGCUUCGUGCAGCUUCGACAGGUGGGCGACGGAGAGGAGGGGGGCAGGGAGGUGGAACAGAGGGCCACCGAGCUGCAGGAGCUGCAAGAGCGCUUGAGGCUGCGAGGCGCACCGGGUGAGGAGUCGGAGGUGCGUGGUGUGGUUCGAAGGAUGGCAGGUGUGUGGCGUGGUUCGGGGCGCUACGUCUUUGAGUUCAGAGAAGCACACUAA